AUGGAGGUAUGUGAAAGACUUGGAAUUGAUAGGAAGAAGAUCUAUCCUCGGCUUUGUAGUAUUUGUUCAAGAGUCGGGAUGCAUUUACGGGAAGAAAGCCACAAGAAGACUAGAGUUUUUCGAGUUUGGACUUCUCGUCAUGCUGCGUCCAAGUCUUCUUCUAAUCUGUUUCCUGACAAAGAUGAAAAUAUUAGCAGGGUACAUAAUGAUUUUAACACACCUAAUGGUAAUAGUGGAUUGGCUAAGACCUCUACAAAACACGGUAUUGCAGCUUCAGAUGCUAACUUAUCUACACCUGCAAGUUUAAAUAAUGCUGAAAGAAAUUCAGGAGUUCGUGGUUGUUCACCAUCUAAUGCCAAAAGAAGAAAGAUUCAUACACGUCGUAACUUACAAGAAUCAUUCCAUGAGAUCGGUGAUAAAGUUGUUGAUGCUGCAAAGGGAUCCCCUAAUUUGGCUGAACAUCUCGUUCUACCGAAGCCGGCUAAAUCAAAAGUGCAGCAACCUCAUGCUACUAUUGAAAACUCUCGGAGAGAGCAGAGAAUACUUGAGCGUUUAAAUGCGGAGAAGUUUGUUUUGAGAGCCGAGCUCUACAAAUGGCUUCUUAGUCUUGAGAAGGACAGGAGCCCCCAGGUGGAUAAAAAAACCAUUGACAGAAUUCUAAACAGGCUUCAAGAAGAAGGACGCUGCAAAUGCAUUGGCUUUCGUGUUCCAACUAUAAAUGAUUGUGGUCGUACUCGUUGCUCUGUGAUAGUUUUGCAUCCAUCUGUUCAAGGAUUGACUGGAGAUGUAGGUGGUGAAAUUCAUGAUAAGAUUAGGUCUUUUGAAUUAGGAUUCCGUAGCCAGAGAUUAUCGAAGAAGAAAAACAACGAGCCAAUUCCAGAACUGAAUAGAGUUAAGAGAGUUCAAAAUAAUGUGGAUUUGGAUGCGCGAGCUAGCAAAUCAGGAGCUCCGCGAGCCAAAGGGGUUGUUCUUGCAAAGAUGGUUCGAGUGAAGCUUCUACACUGUUUCCUUUGGGACUAUUUUAGUUCUUUGCCUGGCUGGAACAAUGUGUUUUCUUCAAUACACGAUCAUAAAUAUGAGAAUUUGUUUGCACUUGAAGAUGCUUUUAGAGCUAUGCCACUCGAACUAUUCUUACAAGUUGUUGGAUGUACUCAGAAAUCUGAUGAUAUGAUGGAGAAAUGCAAACAGGUUAUGUAUCUCUCUGAGCUUACUAGCGAAGAGUAUAAGCUUCUAAUGGAUACCCAUGCGACAGGAAGAUUAUCGAUGCUUAUUAAUAUAUUACGCCGGUUGAAGUUGAUUCAGAUGGUAGGUAGUAGACUCCGACGUGAUGAGAUUGAAGAGAAGUAUUCUAAUUUAACACAUGCAAUGGAGCUUAAGCCUUAUAUAGAGGAACCAGUCUUUGUUGUUGCUACAUCCAAUGUCAUGUCUCUUGAUUUCCGUCCACGUAUUCGGCAUGACUUUAUUCUAUCAAAUAGAGAUGCUGUUGAUGAAUAUUGGCGAACUCUAGAAUAUUGCUAUGCGGCUGCUGAUCAAGGAGCUGCUAAGCAAGCGUUUCCGGGAUCUGUUGUUCAAGAGGUUUUUCGUGUCCGCUCUUGGGCAUCAGACCAUGUCAUGACAGCAGAACAGCGUGCUAAGCUUUUACAGUGCAUUGCAAUUGAUGAGAAAGAAAAGCUCUCAUUCAAAGAGUGUGAGAAGAUUUCUAAGGAUCUGAACCUGACCAUAGAGCAGGUAAUGCAUGCUUAUCAUGGAAAGCAUGGAAGACGCUUGAAAUCAAAAUCAAAAGAUAAGAAUUCUGGUGUAGAAAAUAGUCCUUCAUCUUCCAGGAAAAGAAAAAGAGCAUCCCUCGUAAAGACUACAGGAGAAGGUGUCAUAAUAGAAGGACAGAAGGUUAUAAAUUCUGAAGGCAUUGAUGCCUCAAGUAGUGAGAGUUUUCAAGAAUCAUUACAAGAGGACCAAACCCCCAUUCCAAUGCAUCAGGAGAGCAAUCAACAAGAAAAUGCAGAGAUAAGGGAUUUUACUGAAGAUGAAGGUCUAUGUUCUUCCAUCAUCAACCAGCAUGCAAGUUCAAAGACCACAUCAAUUCCUUCACAAAGAUUUUCAUGGACAGAUGAGGCUGACAGGAAAUUGUUGAGUCAAUAUGUUAGACACCGCGCAGCUCUUGGGGCAAAAUUACAUGUGGUAAAUUGGGCUUCAGUUUCAGAACUGCCUGCACCUCCUUUAGCUUGCAAGCGACGGAUUCAAACAUUGAUGAAGAAUGAUAAAGUUCGAAAGGCGGUCAUGAGGCUUUGUAAUCUUCUCACUGAGCGUUAUGCAAAGCAUCUAGAGACGAAAGAGAAGUGUUUGCCCGAGAGCAACAGUUCACAAGUUCGUGUUAGACAUUUAUCCCAGGAAAAUGGUGGAACGGAAUCCGGUUGUGUUGAGAAUCGUAAAGAUAUUUGUUCUGAUGAAGAAAGAUGGGACAACUUCAAUGAAAAGAGUAUAAGUCAAGCCUUUAAUGAUAUUCUUGAGCUAAAGAAGAUGGCUAAACUGGUGGCGUCUAAACGAACAAGAACUAGCUCUCGAGAGUGGUCAAACAAAGAUAUAGUUGAUGAGGGGAGUGAAAUGGUUCCACCUGGAAUUCACUCAGAGGACAUUCAAAGUGUUUCUGUGGAUCAAGUUAAAAAUACAUCUGGGCGAACUGGACAUUAUCGUCUUCAUCAAAAUUUUAAGCAUUUAGAUGAAAAGUCCCAUGGUAGUAUACAAGUGCACAAAUCUCUGUCAGUUUCUACUGCUGUAGAAUUGUUAAAGCUUGUCUAUCUGAGCAAGCCGACAGCCUCUGGUAUGCCAAAUUUGCUGGAAGAUACCUUACGACAAUAUUCGGAGCGAGACCUCUUUACAGCCUAUAGCUACCUCCGAGAUAAAAAAUUCUUGGUUGGUGGGAGUGGUGGACAGCCGUUUGUGCUUUCUCAGAACUUCAUGCAUAGUAUUUCAAAGUCACCAUUCCCGGUUAAUACUGGAAAAAGAGCUGCCAAGUUCUCCAAUUGGCUUCUAGAUCAUGAAAGAGAUCUUAUGGCUGGAGGAGUCACUCUUACUUCAGAUUUGCAGUGUGGUGAUGCUUUAAAUUUCUUUUCAUUGGUUGCUUCUGGUGAACUCUCUAUAUCUGUAUCCUUGCCCGAAGAAGGUGUUGGAGAGGCUGGUGAUCGAAGAGGUUUAAAACGUAGAGCUAAUGAAGAAGAAGAAUCUGAUCAACGGGAUAAUGCUAAGAAGUUUAAGCUAUUAGGCGAAGGUGAAAUCAACUUCCGAAAGGUAAAGGGUUUCCCGGGUAUAGCGGUAUCUGUUCGGCGCGUAAAUCUACCGAUAGCUAACGCAAUAGAGUUGUUUAAGGAUGAUGACUCUCGCUCUGGUGAACUUCAUUUCAAGUCGGGAGAAACAACUAGAGGCUGUGAUUCUAAUGAUAUGAAAGAAAUUUUCAACUCUACUGAUGCUACUGUAAUAUCAGGCAGUUUAGUUGAUUCUCCCUGGCAAGUGAUGGCCAAUGUUGCUACUUGUAUUAUGUCCGGAUCUGCAGGCGAGCAACUGAGUUUAUUCAGUCCCGGGGUUUUUGAAGUCGUUUCCAAUGCCCUUCAGAAGGCUGGUGACCAAGGUCUAAGCACUGAAGAAGUCCACUGCCUUAUUAAUUUACCAAGCCAAGAAACUUGUGAAUGCAUUGUAGAAGUACUUCAAACAUUUGGGGUAGCUUCAAAGGUAAAUGGCUAUAAUGAUGUCCGUCUUGUUCAUUCUUUCUACCGAUCAAAAUACUUCUUGACAUUGGAGGAAGGUAGAACUACCCAAAAUGGCCAACAGUCUCUGCCAGUGAACUACUUAGAGAAAGCUCUGGAAGAACAAAAGUCAAGUAAUGUUGUCGCCAGCGACUACAGUACUUCACAAGAACAGCGAGAGCAUGUCGCUGAGAAGAGCCUUCAUAAGGUUACGAUUCUUAACCUUCCUGAAAGGCCACAAACAAGCGGUUUGCACGAAGCAUCAUCUGUCAAAGCUCCAUAUUUAAGUUUUGGAACGGGAAGCAAUGGCGAAACAAAGGAUUCAACUUCAGUGAAGUCACAACCUACGCCUAUAUAUCCAUGGGUAAACGCAGAUGGAUCAGUAAAUAAAGUUAUCUUUGAUGGACUAGUUCGCCGUGUUCUCGGUACCGUGAUGCAAAAUCCUGGUAUACCAGAGGACGAAAUUAUUAACCACAUGGACGUAUUAAAUCCUCAGAGCUGUAGAAAGCUUCUGGAAUUGUUGACACUCUACGGGUAUAUGAAAGUGAGGGAAAUGGUGCGAACCAAAUUCACCGGUCCUCCGUCUCUGUUAACCGGACUUCUCUUUACCGGUCAUAGAACACCGGAACUUAUCAGCUGCAAACACUUCUUUGCCAACUCCAAAGGACUCUUUGCCUUGUAAUAUAUUGUAAACCCGUUUUAUCAAAAUAAAUAAAUAAUUAUACAGAUAUUGUA